UAUAACUCAAACAUAACAAAUUCAAUAUUUUGAACCAGCAAUGUCCGAUUCGCUGCGAAUCCCACCUAUUUUCAAUAUAAAAGAAAACAAAAUGAAAAAUGAGAGCUCGUUGUGAACAGCAGCCGUGUCGCCACUUGCUUGAAGAGAAGGGUCUCUUCGAUGCGUGAUUUCCCUCUCGCCGGCAGUCUUUCGCGUUGCCUUUUGCAGUUCACAUCUAUCUGCUCCGUUGUGUGUUCGGUCGGUCGGACUAACCAGUGGUGCUCUUUAUAGAUUGUAAAGUUUAACAUUGUGUGUCCCAUAUUCAAUCUCAUGAACGAUCAAUAAAGAAGUCGUUGGUCAUAUAUCGGGUUUGCUUAUUGUAUCCAUCUUCUAAACUCAAUUGCAGCUCGCACCGGAAGAACAGGGAAUAGUCAGUGCAUAACAUCCGGUCAUAGAUGUUUGUCGUUGGUGGAAGCUGAUCAGAGUAGACAGUGCAUUUCUCGCCCGUCAUCAUCGCAAGUGUUAUCUCCGUGGAAGUUUCUGCGUGAAAAGCGCUCAUUUUCGACACUCGCGCGCACUUUACCCGUUGCUACAUCGUGUCCCUCUAGCCGUCACCUCGUGGAAUUCCUCCGCUCUUCGAAGCAACCAUCGCCACAUCAACAUUGCCAUAAUCGCAGCCAAGUUAUCGUCGGAUCGUCGUCGCUUACUGCAGUGAGAAAGCAUUAUUGUUUGCAGGAUACGUGUCUUAAAUGUGGCUUAGCUUAUCGAAGUAAUCUAAACAGUGCUGCACAACUGAGUUUGAUAAGGUAUUUCAGUACCGUUUCAAAGCCGCCGACUGCUAGUGUGAGUGACUAUUCAUCAAGUGAAGUAGAGGCAAAAAGUGCAAACUGUGAAAGUACUAGUGACGGAAACGUAGAAGCAUCAUCUUCGAUCGGCAGUGAAUCUGGCAAAAUGUCGUCAAAGCCGGCCUUUCAGCGAUUGCCCACCAAUGUGGUUCCGGAGCAUUACGAUUUGGCGCUGAAGCCGAAUCUUAAAUCGUUCACAUUCGAAGGCAGCACAUCGGUGAAAAUCCAGAUCAAUACCCCGACAGAUCGCAUCACACUGAAUGCACUUGACUUGGUGAUUCCCAAAGCAUCCCUCACUUACGGUCCGGAUAGUACGGUGCUAACGGCAACGGAAACCAAAUUCUGCGCUGACCAAGAAACAGUAUGCUUCGUUUUCCCAUCGGAAAUCCCAGCCGGUUCGGCACAACUGGAUCUGGAGUUCACCGGCGAGCUGAACGACAAAAUGAAAGGCUUCUACCGAAGCAAGUAUUUUACCCCCUCGGGUGAGGAACGGUUCGCCGGCGUCACACAAUUCGAAGCCACGGAUGCGAGACGAUGUUUCCCGUGCUGGGAUGAACCUGCUAUAAAGGCAACAUUUGACAUCACUUUAACAGUGCCAAAGGACCGCGUGGCUCUGUCCAACAUGCCCGUGGUCAGUGAAAGCGAAUCAGACGGUCUUAAAACGCUCAAGUAUGGAAGGUCGCCAGUCAUGUCCACCUAUCUGGUAGCAGUGGUGGUCGGAGAGUUUGACUACGUUGAAGGAAAAUCGAAAGAUGGUGUACUGGUACGAGUGUUCACUCCCGUGGGAAAGAAUGAGCAAGGAAAGUUUGCUCUUGAUGUGGCAAUCGAAGUGCUGCAUUACUACAAUUCGUACUUCUCGAUUGCCUAUCCUCUACCAAAGAUGGACUUGGUGGCGAUAUCCGAUUUCUCAGCUGGUGCUAUGGAAAACUGGGGUCUUAUCACAUAUCGAGAGACUUUCGUAUUGGUCGAUUCGGAGAAUACAUCACUGAUCCGGAAGCAAUCGAUUGCAUUGACUGUUGCCCAUGAAAUUGCUCAUCAGUGGUUUGGCAAUCUUGUGACCAUGGAAUGGUGGACCCAUUUGUGGUUGAAUGAGGGUUAUGCAUCGUUUGCGGAAUUCCUUUGCGUUAACAAGCUUUUCCCGAACUAUUCCAUCUGGAAUCAGUUCAUCACCGAUAUGUAUACUCGUGCCUUAGAGCUAGACUGUCUCAAAAACUCCCAUCCGAUCGAAGUGCCCGUUGGCCAUCCGGCGGAAAUUGACGAGAUUUUUGAUGAAAUCAGCUACAACAAGGGUGCAAGUGUGAUUCGCAUGCUUUAUCACUAUCUCGGUGACGAUGAUUUCCGAAAAGGAAUGAACCUAUAUCUGACUCGUCACAAGUAUAAGAACACGUUCACCGAAGAUUUGUGGACUGCUUUCGAGGAGGCAAGUAACAAGCCAGUCGGUAGCAUCAUGUCCACUUGGAUUAAGCAGAUGGGUUUCCCGGUAGUGAAGAUCUUGUCGUCCGAGCAGAAAGGAAGCACACGAGUGCUGAAACUGGAACAGGAGAAGUUCUGUGCCGAUGGGUGCCGGGCAGAACAGAAAUGCCACUGGAUGAUUCCGAUCAUAAUUUCCACCCCGAAUUCUUCGCAUGCACACACUUUCAUCAUGGACAAAGAAACGGUGGAAGUCGAGGUGGAAAAUGUGGACCCGGCGCACUGGGUCAAGCUGAAUCCGGCAUCUAUCGGGUACUAUCGCACGCAGUACACGGCAGAUAUGUUGGACAAGUUCCUUCCGGAAAUCAGCAGCAACAGUAUGCAGCCCUUGGAUCGGCUUGGAUUGUUGGACGAUCUGUUUGCAUUGGUCCAGGCCGGAAGGAGUUCAACGGUUGAUGCCUUGAAAGUGAUGGACGCAUGCUACAAUGAGCACGACUACACCGUGUGGUCAUCAAUCUCCAAUUUCUUGACUAAAUUGCAACUGUUGUUGGCCAACUCGCCGGCUGAAGAAAACUUCAACCAAUACGGAACUCGGUUAUACCGAACCGUGGCCGACAAGCUGGGCUGGACGGUGAAACCUGACGAGAACCACUUGGAUACACUUCUGCGACCGCUAGUUCUCAGUCGACUGGUAUCGUUCCGUUGUCCUCAAACCGUUGCCGAAGCGAAAGCCAGAUUUGCGGACCACGCUUCAGGAAAGUGUAUUCUACCGGCAGAUUUGCGCAGCACGUGUUACAAAGCAGUCCUGCAGAACGGCGAUUUGACCACCUUUAACGAAAUGCUUCGUCUAUACCGGGCAACCGAUUUGCAUGAAGAAAAAGACCGCAUUUCGCGAGCCCUUGGUUCUAUCAGUGACGUGCAAAUUCUGCGCAAAGUAAUCGAAUUCGCCAUGUCCAACGAGGUCCGCGCCCAAGAUUCGGUGUUCGUAAUAGUAUCGGUGGCAAUAAAUCCCAAGGGACGGGACAUGACGUGGGACUAUUUCAAGGAAAACUGGAAGAUUCUGUUGGAUCGCUACGAAGGAGGAUUCCUUCUGUCUCGUCUGAUCAAAUACCUGACGGAGAACUUCUCCACCGAAGAACGAGCUCUUGAGGUUCAACAGUUUUUCAAGGAUCACGAGUUCCCCGGCACGGAACGUACCGUAUCGCAGUCCAUCGAGACCAUCCGAUUGAACGUGGCUUGGCUCAAACGCGAUUUGGAAGGAAUCAAUGCUUAUCUGAAGCAGUAGAUGCAUUUUAGUAACACAUACCAAGCAUUUCCCAAAAGACUUGUAACCUGUUCAUCACACUUUAGUCGUUAUUGCGUUGCAUGUUAGAGUUGAAAUUUAGUUGCAUGCUUUUUAUCUUUCAUUCAGUAGAAACCUUCAAUUCCUGUUAUUCCGUGCGAUAAAUGCCAAAGUUUGGCUGAACAGCAGUGCCAGUAUAAUAUAUAAUACAGCAUAAUAAAACCUAUAUAUAACAUCAAGCAAUGUUAUGGUAUCAAAUGUUAUAUUUUUGUCCAUAAUUUAAGUUGUUUUUAUGCUAAAAUAGGCAAUAAUCUUAUACACAUAGAUUCUUCUGUUCAAUAGUUCUAUCCGUAGUAAGUUGCAUUGCUGAGGGGCAUUUUUUGCUCUUUUUAAGGAUUCUAUAUUUUGCCAUUAGUAGACAGUGUUGAGAAGCAUUGAACGAUUAUAAAUUGGAAUAAAGAACGAAAGGUAAUUUCUGA